AUGGCAGAGAAACCCGGUGCUGCUGAUCACGCAGCUUCAGAUCAUGUAGAGAAAAUGUCUGGCGAUGUUGAAAUCACACAGAGAGAGACCCUUCAAGUCGAUUCCGUGGAAAUCAAAAGGCUGCUUCGAAAGAUCGACCUCCGGCUGCUGCCACUCUUGACUGUUCUUUAUGUUCUCUCAUUUAUGGAUCGCUCUAAUAUUGGGAAUGCCCGGGUGGCAGGUAUGAACGCAGACCUCGCUCUCACCGGGCCUCAGUACAACAUGGCCCUCACAGUUUUCUUCUUUCCCUACGCCCUUUUUGAAGUACCGAGCAAUGUGGUCCUCAAGAUAAUGAGGCCUUCACGAUGGAUGUGUAUUCUCGUCAUUACCUGGGGCACUGUCCUCACUCUCCAAGGGAUCGUCAAGACCUAUGAACAGUUAUUAGUUACUAGAAUCUUCCUUGGGGUUUCUGAAGCUGGCUUUUUCCCAGCUGCCACAUACUUACUGACGACUUGGUACUGCCGCUGGGAAUACCAGACCCGGGUUGCUAUCUUUUUCUCAGCGGCUUCCCUUGCUGGAAGCUUCUCGGGCCUUCUUGCUUUUGGAAUCCAACAUAUGGAAGGUGUUGCUGGCCUUGGAGGAUGGCGUUGGAUCUUUAUUCUGGAGGGCAUCUUGACAGUGCUUAUUGGUGUCAUGAUUCCCUGGGUGCUACCGGAUUCUCCCGAGACAGCUUCGUUCCUUACACAAGAGGAGAAAACUAUAAUCAUCCAUCGGCUGCGGCAAGACGCCGGGACCAUGACAGGGGAAGACUCAUCGGAAAAAUUCCAAUGGAAGCACUUUCGUGCUGCUUUCACGGAUUAUCGAAUCUAUCUUGGUGUUAUCAUGUAUUGGGGCAACAGUAUCUGUAUCUAUGCAUUCAGUUUCGCGGCCCCGACCAUCAUUCGUCAGCUGGGAUACUCUGCGGCCAAUGCUCAACUUCUCACGAUUCCUAUCUAUCUGGUGGGAGCCAUCGCAACUUAUGGCCUUGCCAAGUUCUCAGACCGACGGAAGGCUCGCUGGCCGUUCGUUAUCAUACCAUUCUGCAUCUCUAGUGUAGGGUUUAUCGCCUUGUUGUCUAUUCCACACCCUCGCUUGCCAGGUUUGACCUAUGCCUUCUUAUUUUGUAUUCCCGCUGGUCUCUAUCCGGCUGUUAUUGGUUGCAUUUCGUGGGUUAGCAACAACCUUGCGCCUUCCUGGAAGCGAGCCAUUGGAAUGGCCUUUUUGAUGACGUUGGGCAAUCUGGGUGGAGCGGUUGGAGCAAACAUAUUCUUGGACGAGCAGGCACCCCGCUACCCGCUUGGCUACGGCCUCUCUUUUGGCGUUGUAGUUGCUGGCAUGUGUGCAGCCAUGGUCUUACGCUUCGCUGUCGACCGGACCAAUGCGAAGAGAGAUGCGAUUCCCGAGUCUGAAAUCAGGGCCAAGUACACAGAGGAGGAACUACAUGAAAUGGGAGACAGCUCCCCAUUAUUCAGAUAUGUUAAGUAA